AUGCAGCGUUACGUGUUAGUCCUUCAAAACUUUCUGAAGUACCAAUAUGAUGGGCACCUUGAAGAAGGAUCAGUAAUUUGUUCCCACAACAUCGACUAUGGCCUAAGAUUGGAACAACAAAGUUAUGAAGGCAAUAACUCAUCAAACUGUGUUCAAAUCCAAGGCAUCAAACAUUGCCUUGCGUGCAAGUUUGUUGAGUACUUCAUGCGUGUUAUACUUCCCGGUGAAGUGAAGGAAAAUUGA